CAACUCCAAAGUGUUUUCCACUCUCUGGCACAAUACAUGUUUUAUUUGUCAAAUUGCCUCAGCCAGAACCUCGGCGAACGGGUUGUUUGGGCUUACGAUGGGACACCGAGAGUGCUCGACCCCGUAGCCUAGGGACAACGUUCCUGACCUCGCCCAGAUUCUGGCCCGCCGCGAUCACUCUAGCGGUCUGACCUCCGUUUGACCCAACCCCGCCGUGGUCUCCACGGGUGGACUCCGAAUGAAACGGCCCGUAUCUGCCCCACUCAAAGAUGGCAGUAGCACCGUCCCCUGCCUGGACCCGCCAGCAUUCCCGGAAAUGACCGCGGAACGGCCUGCACGAACGGAAACCCCCGAACCCAGCCGAAGAAGCCUGAACCCAAAGCCCCAUAGCGGAGCAACGCCGGGCCGCUGUGACCGCGCAGGCGCAAAGCGCAGGCCAAGCGCGAAGAGCCGAAGAGGGCAGGUGGCGAAAAUAUCCGAAGCGGCGGGGGUGCCCGAGGCCGCUGCGGACCGCCGCCCCGAAGCCGCUGCUUGCCGCGCUAGCCGAGCCUCCUCUAGUACACUACCGCAGUCGCCGCCGCCUCCUCCUUCCACCUCGAGACGCACUCCCCUUGCGGAGGGAACGAGUAAACGGGCAAGCGGCCCGGCCCAAGGAGUCUGCGCCCGCAGCCGGGCCUGAGGCUACCUGAGCCAGUGAGGGGGAGGCGGGAGCGGUCGGGUGGGGGCGGAGCCAAGCGGGCCCGAGAACAGCCGAGUCGGCCCGAGCGCCGCCGAGCGAGCCCGAGGCGCCGGGCCUGGCCGAAGCCGGACUACGGGAGCCGACGCGGGCCGCGCGGUGGGCGCGGAGCGGCGCGGCGGGCCGGGCGGACGGCGGUAGUAGCGGAGGAGGCCGCGGCGGCGGGUCCGAGUGGCGGAGGCGGCGCGGGCGGCGGCGGGGGGCCGGGCGGCCGGGGUCCUGGGCCCCGCGGCGGCGGCGGCGGCGGCGGCGGCGGCAGGAUGAUCAAGCUGUUCUCGCUGAAGCAGCAGAAGAAGGAGGAGGAGUCGGCGGGCGGCACCAAGGGCAGCAGCAAGAAGGCGUCGGCUGCGCAACUGAGGAUCCAGAAGGACAUAAACGAGCUGAACCUGCCCAAGACGUGUGACAUCAGCUUCUCAGAUCCAGACGAUCUCCUCAACUUCAAGCUGGUUAUCUGUCCUGAUGAGGGCUUCUACAAGAGUGGGAAGUUUGUAUUCAGUUUUAAGGUGGGCCAGGGUUACCCGCAUGACCCCCCCAAGGUGAAGUGUGAGACGAUGGUCUAUCACCCCAACAUUGACCUCGAGGGCAACGUCUGCCUCAACAUCCUCAGAGAGGACUGGAAGCCAGUCCUUACGAUAAACUCCAUAAUUUAUGGUCUGCAGUAUCUCUUCUUGGAGCCCAACCCUGAAGACCCACUCAACAAGGAAGCUGCCGAGGUCCUUCAGAACAACCGGCGGCUGUUUGAGCAGAAUGUGCAGCGCUCCAUGCGGGGUGGCUAUAUCGGCUCCACCUACUUCGAGCGCUGCCUGAAAUAGGGUUGGCGUGUACCCGCCCCCUGCCAGGGCCACCAGCCCUGGCAUCCCCUGCAAAUAUUUAUUGGGGGCUACAGGUGGGGGUCAUGGGGUGGCCGGUGGGGGAAUCCCAUACCCUGGCCUUGCCUCCCCUCCCUGCCACCUGCUCCUACUUAUUUUUCUUUUUAACCACCAUGUGAUUAAGGUCGGCACUGCCUCCCCCGACCCACUCAGCUAUGGGAAAUGAAUUGGCUUGUCUAGUCCCCCACCCCCGCUGGGUGCUAUCCAGUCCCCCACUCUGGGCUCUGGGGUGGGUGGCCAAGAGGACUGGGUGGCCAUGGACCCGGCACCCCACCCCUCCACCACUGGAGGUCCCACCAGGCUAUUAAAGGGGAAUGUUACUGCA